CGCGUGCGCAAUGCGGGCCUUCUUCCGCGCUGAUGUCUGCUCCAAGAUGGAAUUCUGUUCCGGGCGGCGAGCGGUGCUGCAACUGCUCAGAGCAGUGGCGCCGGCCGACCGCCCAGCACUGCUCCAGUGGAUGCGAACGACCCGAGAUUUUGAUGAAUUCAUUCAAGAUAAUAAUGAUGUUAUGUUGAAAAGCAUAGCAGAAGACCUUCGGAAUUGCUUACCUCUAGAAGCUAUGCUUUCCUCAGAACAUCUAGCUCUUCAAAAAAUACAGCAACAGCCAGAACCCACAGUUCACUUUGAUGCAUUCCUUUAUGAUGAAGACUUUAUUGAUUCAUUAUGUGAAGAAGGAAGAAUGAGCAGAAACUACUGCAUGGUGUGUGGCUCACACCAAACGGCACCUUUAGGAUUUAUUUCUCAUUCCUUCUCCCUCACGGAAUUGAAGUUCAUUUAUCAUCAUGUACUCCCUGAUCUGUCGGGAAAGGUCUUGGUUGACGUUGGCUCCAGGCUUGGCGCAGUCCUUUAUGGGGGUUAUCUUUACAGUUCAGCAUUGCAACUAUAUGGAGUAGAAAUGAAUGAAGAUUUUUGCCAGUUGCAGGAAAUGGUCAUAAAAAAAUACCAGUUCACUGACAGAGUAAAGGUGCUUCAUGCAGACAUCUGUACCCAGGGUUCACUUCUGCAAAAUGCUGAUGUUGUUAUAAUGAAUAAUGUCUUUGAAUAUUUUCUUAAUGAGGCAGAACAGACCAGAGCCUGGGAAUAUAUCAACCAUAAUGUAAGGAAACAGGGAUCGUUAUUAGUAACAGUGCCAAGUCUUGAAGAGUCUCUUUCAGGUCUUCAGUCUAAUAUACAGUUAUCCCUUUGGGUUGAAGAGGUACCUCUAAACUAUGAUGUAUACCCAGAAAAGGAUAUUGACAGAGAAGCUCUUGAGCAAAUUCAUUUGUAUAAGAUUCUAUAGCACUAAAAGAGUCCUGCCUUGGUGUAAUGUUUUAUUAAGUAUAUUAUAAAAUAAUGGGGGGAAAAAAAACAUAACCCCAAUAUCCUAACACAUAUUUUUUCUGUAUGUCUUUCUAAUCUUUGUACAUAUACUUACGUAUAUGUAAAUAGUUGUAUAACUUUGUUCUACUUUUUGUGAUAGUAUAAUUAAAACAUUUAUCUGAAAAUAAUUGUUUUUCCCUGGUUUCUUUUAUUCUGUUAGAAGCAUAAAUAUUUGUCUUUCUUUAGUCACUAAUUCUGUAGGCCAAGUCCAGAUAUGGCCCCCCAACAAAAGACCAUGUGUUAGUUAUUUAGUGCUGCUAUAACAGAAAUACCACAAGUGGAUAGCUUCAACAAAGAGAAUUUUAUUCUCUUACAGUCUAGUAAGUUACAAGUCCAAAUUCAGG